UUUCUUUGUGUAUAGUGGGGUACACUAUAGGUUUAGCACCAACAAAAGCGAGGUCGGCCGAGUCACGUCGCCAGAUUUAUACACGAUUUUGAAGAGUACAGCCCAAAAAUGAACCUGGGGUGAUGGUAGUUUACCUGUAAACACGCGCCCUCUUGUGAGAUCAAAAAGGGGCGUGAGUGUUUUGAGGACGACAUCCAAGAUGGCAGCCUCCAUAAGUGUUGCAAAAGUUGAAGUAAAGGACAUCCGGUUUCCAACAUCUUUAGAGCAACAUGGGUCUGAUGCAAUGCACACAGAUCCAGAUUAUUCUUGUGCAUACAUCAUCAUCACAACAAAUGCUGAAGAUGGUAUCUGUGGUCAUGGUCUGACCUUCACCAUCGGACGAGGCACUGAGAUUGUUGUUGCAGCAGUCAAGGCAUUGGCGCAGUUUGUUGUUGAAAAGAAACUCUCCGAUAUCUUUGAUAACUUUGCCGACUUCUACCGUCAACUGACGAGCGAACCACAGCUGAGAUGGAUUGGUCCAGAGAAGGGCGUCAUACAACUAGCAACAGCAGCCAUCCUCAAUGCAUUAUGGGACUUGUGGGCAAAGCGUGAAGGGAAACCAUUAUGGAAACUUCUCGCUGACAUGGAACCUCAACAAUUAGUCAACUGCAUCGAUUUUAGAUAUAUCACAGAUGCCUUGACAAAGAAGGAGGCUCUUGAAAUACUUCAGAACAACCAAGCCACAAAGUCAGAAAGAGAGAAGAAUUUACUUCAAGAUGGCUACCAAGCGUAUACCACGUCCACAGCCUGGCUUGGGUACACUGAUGAAGUAUUACUUCAGCGAUGCCGUAAAGCACUGUCGGAGGGCUGGACUAAAUUCAAGAUGAAAGUGGGAGCAGAUCUUCAAGAUGAUAUUCACAGAGCGGAACUUCUUCGUAAGGAAAUUGGCUACGAUAAGACAUUGAUGAUGGAUGCCAAUCAGCGAUGGGGAGUUGAGGAGACCAUCCAGUGGAUGUCUCAUCUAGCAAGAUUCAAACCUCUAUGGAUUGAGGAGCCAACCUCCCCAGACGACGUCUUAGGUCAUGCUACAAUCUCGAAGGCCAUGAAGCCGUUUGGUAUCGGAGUAGCUACUGGUGAACAUUGUCAGAAUCGUGUGAUGUUCAAGCAGUUCCUGCAGGCCUCAGCGCUUCAGUACUGCCAGAUUGAUAGUUGCCGAGUUGGCAGUGUUAAUGAGCUUCUGUCAAUCAUACUAAUGGCCAAGAAAUUUGAUGUUCCUGUUUGUCCCCACGCUGGGGGCGUGUCUCUGUGCGAGUUAGUUCAACACAUCAGUAUGUUUGACUAUCUGUGUGUGUCAGCAACCAAGGAAAACAGAGUGAUAGAGUAUGUGGACCAUCUUCAUGAGCAUGCCAAGUACCCAGUCAUCAUGAAGAACACAUGCUACAUACCACCUAAGGAGCCAGGCUACAACACUGAGCUAAAAGCGGAAACACUGAGGGAUUAUGAAUAUCCAAAUGGACAAGUAUGGCAGGAUCUCAUCAGAGAGGGCAAGAUAAGUCUAUAAGGUGACCUUUUUAGGAUAAUCUUCAUGAGAGGAUUUCAAGAUAAUCCUUUAGAAAAUCUCAAACCAAAAAAUACGUGGUAACCUUAAGCCCAUUUCACACGCGAGUUUUUUAACCAAUGUGUUUUGCGAUUUUUCGCAUCCAGGAUAAAAAAUUAGCAAAACCCACUCGUGUGAAAGGUAUCCUAGAUAUAAAAAAAGCAAAGGACCCUGACUAAAAAAUAACCUUGAUCGAGACCUACCUCAGAAAAUUGCAACUGCGUUAUAAUCGCACUGAUCGACCGUGUGAAAUGACUCGACCAAGGAACCUGGUUAUGCUGCCGUUUCGGUCAGUAUGAUCUAAUCGUCUUCAAGAGAAUUUUAACAGAAGUUAAAAUCAAAAUGUUUUGAGUCUGAUGUUUUGAGUUUGAUGACUGGCCUCAUGCUACGGUUGAUGGCGCUAUUUAAGAUUGUUGUUACAACUUGAAAAUAAAAUGUAAUUCUUUAUGGUGCUGUUUGUAAAUUAUGAGAAAAUGAAAUUAUAUAUAUUUGUUGAUACUCAAUUUGUGUAGUAACUUUAUGUAUUUUUCUGUUGAAAAGAUGAAUUUUAUAAUAAAGAGAACAAUAUUGAAACUUA